AUGGCUGCCUCAACCAUGGCUCUCUCCUCUCUUUUUACUGGACAAGCAGUGAAAGUAGCUCCAUCUGGUUCUGAGCUUUCUGGGAAUGGACGGGUUUCAAUGAGGAAGACAGCAGCCAAACAGGUUGCUUCUGGAAGCCCAUGGUACGGCCCUGACCGUGUCAAGUACUUGGGCCCAUUCUCCGGCGAGGCCCCAAGCUACCUGACUGGUGAAUUCCCUGGUGACUACGGCUGGGACACUGCUGGGCUUUCGGCAGACCCCGAAACCUUUGCCAAGAACCGUGAACUUGAGGUGAUCCACUGCAGAUGGGCCAUGCUUGGAGCUCUAGGAUGCGUCUUCCCUGAGCUUUUAGCCAGAAAUGGUGUCAAGUUCGGUGAGGCGGUCUGGUUCAAGGCUGGAGCCCAGAUCUUCAGCGAGGGUGGGCUUGACUACUUGGGCAACCCAAGUUUGGUUCAUGCCCAGAGCAUCUUGGCCAUUUGGGCUACACAAGUCAUCUUGAUGGGUGCGGUUGAGGGUUACAGAAUUGCCGGUGGACCCCUUGGUGAAGUUGUUGACCCACUUUACCCUGGUGGUAGUUUCGAUCCAUUGGGUCUUGCCGAUGACCCAGAGGCUUUUGCAGAGCUGAAGGUGAAGGAGAUAAAGAACGGUAGGCUAGCCAUGUUCUCUAUGUUUGGAUUUUUUGUUCAAGCCAUUGUGACUGGAAAGGGACCAUUGGAGAACCUAGCUGACCAUCUUGCUGACCCUGUUGCCAACAAUGCUUGGUCAUAUGCCACAAACUUUGUCCCUGGAAAAUGAACACUAUUGUUCUUGAGAGAGUACUCUUUUAGGUGAAAUCUGUUGCCAGUUUGUUUGUGAAUUAAUAAAUAGUAGUAUAUAU